GUGCUCUGGGUGGGGCUUUGCCAGCAGUGGGGCAUUUCCUCCAGUGUCGGGUUUCUCCAGCGCACUGGCAUUUAAAUCUGCUGCAGUGGAAAGCCUGUGGACGCCUGUCAUCGUGAGUGAAUCUGCUCCGCUGCAGGAUUUCGCGCUCGUUUUCUUUUCUCUUUCAAAAUUCCAACACUGUGUCUAUUGCGUUCGCGGAGUGAUACAUUGUUGCGUCUAGCGGCGCGCGCUUUUAUUCCAACAAAGCCUGAAUGAAAGGCUGCCUGUUUUGUUAUGUUUUUGACCGUGACAUGUACGCAGAAUAUUAUAUAAUGCAUCAUAUUUUGUAAAUAUGGUCUAGUCUUUUGUGCAUUUUGUGUCGUCAGUGGCCUAGAGACUAGGGAACAUUUUCCAUGGACUCUUAAAUACAUCUACGUCAGAAAAAAAAGUCAUUCAUUUUAAUACUGCUCGUUUGUGCAUAUUGUGAUAUAAUUGUCCAAGGAAAACAGAAAUAAUCGUGUAAGAUUGCAUAUUCUCGAAUUGCACCAUGUUCAGCUGGUUAGGAACCGAUGACAGGAGGAAGAAGGAUCCAGAAGUCUUCCAGACUGUCAGUGAAGGACUCAAGAAGCUCUACAAAACCAAACUGCUUCCACUGGAGGAGCACUACAAAUUCCACGAGUUUCACUCUCCCGCUUUGGAGGAUGCAGAUUUUGACAAUAAACCCAUGGUUCUCCUGGUGGGACAGUAUUCCACUGGCAAAACCAGCUUCAUAAGAUAUCUCCUGGAGCAGGACUUCCCUGGUAUGCGGAUUGGUCCAGAACCCACAACUGACUCCUUCAUAGCAGUGAUGCAUGGCAACAUGGAAGGACUAAUUCCAGGAAACGCACUGGUUGUGGAUCCCAAAAAACCCUUUCGGAAACUCAAUGCCUUUGGCAAUGCCUUCCUUAACAGGUUUGUGUGUGCCCAGCUACCCAAUCCUGUUCUGGAGAGCAUCAGUGUGAUUGACACUCCAGGAAUCCUGAGCGGAGAGAAACAAAGGAUCAGCAGAGGCUAUGACUUCGCUGCGGUGUUGGAGUGGUUCGCCGAACGCGUGGACCGCAUCAUCCUGCUGUUCGACGCCCACAAGCUGGACAUCUCGGACGAGUUCUCUGAGGUCAUCAAGGCCCUCAAGAACCACGAGGACAAGAUCCGUGUGGUGCUCAACAAGGCCGACCAGAUCGAGACGCAGCAGUUGAUGCGCGUCUACGGCGCCCUCAUGUGGUCGCUGGGGAAGAUCGUCAACACACCUGAGGUGAUUCGUGUCUACAUAGGCUCCUUUUGGUCGCAUCCGUUGCUGAUUUCAGACAAUCGCAAGCUGUUUGAGGCAGAAGAGCAAGACCUGUUCAAGGAUAUCCAAUCGCUGCCCCGCAACGCCGCCCUUCGCAAGCUCAACGAUCUGAUCAAGAGAGCUCGUCUGGCUAAGGUCCAUGCAUACAUCAUUAGCUCCUUAAAGAAAGACAUGCCCUCAGUCUUUGGGAAAGACAACAAAAAGAAGGAGCUGAUUAACAGCUUGGGCGAGAUCUACAGCCGCAUUGAGCGAGAACACCAGAUUUCCCCGGGAGACUUCCCUAAUCUUAAGAAAAUGCAGGAUCAGCUUCAGGCACAUGAUCUGAACAAGUUCCAGCCUCUGAAAAUGAAGCUAUUGGACUCCGUGGAUGACAUGCUGGCUCACGACAUUGCCCAGCUUAUGGUUCUGGUACGCCAGGAGGAGACGCAGCGCCCCAAUCAGAUGGUGAAGGGCGGCGCCUUCGAGGGCACUAUGAACGGGCCGUUCGGACAUGGAUAUGGCGAGGGGGCCGGCGAGGGCAUUGAUGAAGUCGAAUGGGUGGUGGCACGUGACAAACCCAUGUAUGAUGAAAUCUUCUACACUCUCUCACCUGUCAAUGGCAAAGUGACUGGGGCCAAUGCCAAGAGGGAGAUGGUGAAGUCCAAGCUGCCAAACACUGUGCUGGGUAAGAUCUGGAAGCUGGCUGACAUUGAUAAAGAUGGGAUGCUCGAUGACGAGGAGUUUGCCUUGGCCAACCACCUGAUCAAGGUCAAACUAGAAGGUCACGAGCUUCCAAGCGAACUGCCUGCUCAUCUUGUGCCGCCCUCCAAGAGAAAGGUUACAGAGUAAGAUUGAAGCGGCUUGGAACCUGGAUGGAUUUUGGAAAAGCGAAUAGUGUGCAUUUAGGUUGCAGUUGAAUUAUUGAUGGCUGGACAACCAUUAUAUAGAAAAAAACAGUGACUUCGUUGAAAUGUGUGGUUUAUGCUUCAAUUGCAAGAAUGGAUUUGAAAAUGAUCCACCUUUUCAACUAUUUUGACCUGUGUAUGUUUUUUUUUAGUUUAGUUUAGUUUUUUUUUAUAAACAAGUCGUACUGUCUGCAGUGUUUAAAAUAGCUUUCAGAUUUUAGUCAUAUUUUUAUGCCAUAGUUUCAAUUUCAUCUUUUCAGCUAUCAUGACUCCAACACUGUGUCCUAACCAGACGUGUUGCGAUAAAAGAUAUUAUAUGUAAAACAGCACAUUUUGUCGAUCGCUUGGUUGCAUUUCUGCGACAUUGUGCUGGCUAGCUUCGCCCACAGUGAAAUCUCAUUGGACCUACUUCACGUAACUACAUUAAACAUCAAUGUCAAUGAUUGGUUGUCAUUGUGUCAUGUUGCAUAGCUGUUUCGCGUGCCGAAGAAUUACUUGUCGCUUGCGUCUGGUAAGGAUGUGCUAAGAUGCUUUAUCAAUAUAUUUCACUUUCAUGUUUAAUUUACACUACUGUUCAAAAGUUUGGGGUCAAUAAUAUGCUUUUGAAAGUAUCUUAUGCUCAC